AUGAUGGACUUUUUCGAGCACGAGGAUGACGGAUUCGUCGUCAUCUCCACUGAAUGCGUGUCUGCACAGGCGGCGGAACCGAGGCACCUGCAGGCUAUCAGUCAGGUUGCUGCUAAAGUCGGCAAAGAAUUCUGGCCGACAAACAUCAAGAUUCACGACAACCCCGAGCUUGGAUUCAACGAGGUCAUUGCGCACGAGGCCCUGACGUCAUUUAUGACCCGACAACCAGGAUGGAAGGUAACGCCUUCAGCCUACGGCAUGGAGACGGCUUGGGUCGCGGUGUAUGACAGUGGAGUGAAGGGUGCUGUUGUGUCAUUCAACGCAGAAAUGGGCACGUUGAACUCCCUGCCCGCAAUCGGGCACGCAUGCGGGCACAAUCUGAUUGCCAGUGCUUCAGUAAUUGGAGCAAUUGCAGCGGCAUGGGUCAUGAAGGACGAGGGAUUGCCAGGCAAGAUUGUUCUUUUCGGAACUCCAGCGGAAGCAGGCGGGGGCGGCAAAAUCCGUCUACUUAACGCAGGCGCCUUCUCAGACCAUAAAGUCGACAUCAGUCUCAUAUCGCACCCUGGGAUCGUCCCCAACGUUGCGCGCAUGCGCACGACGGCCUUGGAGCAAUUCGAAGUCGAGUACUACGGCCGCGCGGCGCAUGCGGCUGCAAAUCCGUGGCUUGGCGUCAACGCCCUCGACGCACUCAUCUCAGCAUACAAUAACGUCUCAAUGCUCCGUCAGCAAAGCAUGCCCGGGGACAUUGUCCAGGGGUACAUCACGCAGGGCGGCGUCGCAGCCAACAUCAUCCCCGCGUAUGCCUCUGGUCGAUUCGUCGUGAGGGCCGGAACACAGGCCCGUCUCGAAGAGGUCAGGGAAAAAGUCUUUGCUUGCUUUGAGGCAGGGGCCAAGGCAACUGGUGCUAGAAUGGUUAUCACCAAGGGCAUGGCGUACAAGGACCACGUCCCAAACGAGGAGCUUGCGCAGUCAUUCACGCGGUAUUUUAACGCGCUCCAUCCGGAACACCGGAUUCUAGAAAACGCCGAACUGGACCGACUGGAGGGGACAUCGCUGGCGAGUACAGACCAGGGCGACGUGAGCCAUGCGAUGCCCAGUCUGAGCCCGGGUUUUUUUAUAAGACCCGGUCCGGGGGGGCAAGGGCCGCAUAGCCCGGAGUUUGCGGAGGCAGCAAGGACCAAGGACGCCUAUGAGAAGGCCAUCAGAGUUGCAAAGGGUUUGGCCGGUGUGGCGGUGGACGUUUUGAGCUCGAAGGAGUUGUUGGACAAGGCCAAGAAGUCAUGGAGGGAGAGGAUGCACGCCGAAAGGUAG